ACAGUCUAUUUCCUGGUUGCUGGCAAUCAUGUGCACCGUCAACAUGGCGGGGAGAAAAUGGCUCGAAGAAUUGAAAUCGUGGCAAAGGGGCAAAAUGCCCUGCAUGCUGAUGGCGUGCUUUACGCUCACCAUGGCCCUGUUUGCUAAUCCGGUUGUUGGUGACAGCGUGCAGACUGUCGCCGACAGCAACUGGACGGUCAUUCUGCAGGGGCAGUGGAUGCUGGUAUUUUAUGCGCCCUGGUGUCCGGCCUGCCAACAGAUAAAGGCGGAUUGGGAGGAGUUUGGCAAACGCAGCGAAGCUCUGGGCAUCUCCGUGGGCAAGGUGGACGUCACGCAGCAGCCAGGGCUGAGUGGGCGGUUCCUGGUAACUACGCUUCCGACAAUAUUUCAUGCAAACGAUGGAAGUUUCCGCAGAUACUUGUCAUCACGUGCGGUGGAGGAUUUCCAGAGCUACGUUGUCGACAGGAAGUGGGAAGCGGUUGAGCCCGUGCCCGAAUGGAAAUCUCCUUCCUCUUUUGUCAUGACAAUGAUGGCUGGCCUUUUCCGCCUGUCUGUGUGGAUCAGGCAAAUCCACAGUUACCUGACCGAGACGCUUGGUAUUCCUGUUUGGGGUUCCUAUCUCAUAUUUGCUCUUGUCACCUUGGUCACUGGACUGCUUCUCGGCCUGAUCCUGGUUUUGAUCGCUGACUGCAUCUGCCCGUCAAGGCCGCGUUACAGAGACAGCAAAUCGGAAGUGGAGGCGAAAGAGGACGGAUCUGAAGGCGACAUAGAAGAUACACUUACGGAGGAGAGGCAGUUGUCGGACGCGGAAAACGAGAGCGCAAAGUUAUCUGGAGAGGAGGAAUCUACAGGAGAGGAGGUUUUGCCUUCUGAGGGAGAAGUCGGAGCCGCCGACAUGCAGUCGCCAGAGGGGGCGUCAGAGAGCAUGGUGAGGAAGAGGAAACCGCAAGGUGCCGAGGCAAACGAAACCUAACUACUUAAGAGUCUUCAUUUCUCCAACCAGGAAAAUAAAGCCUAGAGCUACAAAGUAAAGGACUCAAGCAACCUUAUACUGCAGAAAAAGUGUCCAAUUCAUACAGUGAGUUUUAUAGGCCACACCUACUACUCCGUACAUGAUUCUUGUCCAUGAAAUAAUUCAUCUCUGCCUUCUCUCCCCAGCAUUAAAAAUAUCUCAUGACAUCAAAAGCAUGCAUUAUAAUAAUACUACUGUAUUACUGAAGCAAACCGAGGCAGUGACUGUACUUUUGGUUUAAAAUCCUAUAAUCAUUUCAUUUUAAAUGGCGUUUGAAUGGUCUAACAAAACAGGUAUUGUGCUGAUUUUUUAAUGCCAGGGCACAAAGGAAACCAGAGCUCAGAUGCAAAUGAAGAAAUCUUGGCUUGAAGGCAGGAUUAAACAGCCUGUGUUCCUUUUUGCUAUGGAUUGCUUAAAUGUCAUUAAGAAGCAGUGAGAUCUUGGUGUUCUCUGGGAAUCAGCAACUGCUAUUCCAUUACUAAGCCCAACCUUCCUCUCUCCCGACAAGAACAUAACCUUUCAUGGAGAAUUUCGAAGUCUGUAAAUGCUCAAUGUAACCGUUAGUAUCAAAAAAAAGUCCGUUUUUUUUUCCGGUAAACUCUAUUGCCAAUAUGAAUGCCACUGUGCAUUAAGUCAAUGCAAUUGGGUUUAUUCAAUACCAUGAUGGUCACAGUUGAUUGUAACUAUGUGAUUGUUAAUUAAUUUUUAUUUUUUUGAGGAAAGUGAUGUAUGUCCUGUCUCUGCCAGUUCCAUUUACAUUAGCCCAUGACAAAUGCUGUACUAUAUAAUUCAGGAGUAGGGAACCUCAUCCAUUGAGGGCCGGUGUGGGUUUUUGGGAUGGCCUCUCAAUCAGCCAAUAAUAAGGGUUUGAAUGCUAGAGACCCACUGUCACUCAGUGACACCCAAAGCGGUUCUCCAUGGAUCAGGUCCCCCACCCCUGGUAUAGUUUAAGAAAUUCUUUAUUGAAAUGGACGAGAAAAUUUAUCAUAUUCAUCAUUCUGUAGCAAAAUAUAAGAAUCGUUGCCUAAAUAACUGGCCGACCAAUGGAAAGCUGUAGAGUCUGUCAGGAGCUGGAAUGAUCAGUACCCUUAGAUUUGCCUCGUUUGUGGUUAAUACCAUGAUACUCAUUUUACUGCAGAUGGUACGAGGUCAACAAAAAGUGCCGUGUACCAGCUACUGUAGCCUAGCAUCUGCUGAAUAUUACAGAGGUAACAGUCAGCUGUAUAACAGACCAGCAUCUCAUGUAGUAAAAAUAACCAUUUGUCCGUAAGAGGUGAACUUCUAUCGCAGCAUGAAAUUAUUGACCUUAAAGAAUCCCAUAAAUUAUCCGUUCGGCGCCAUCUGUUUGGAGCCUGUGAGAAUCGUGAGUGUUUUCUGUGUGUGAGAAGGAAGAGAGAAUGAAUAAAAGUGUACAUUUAUGAAACAAUUGAACAGUGUUUUAGUAACGAUGGUGAGAGUUUGGUUGUGGAAGUUCAGUUAUGCUUUGUUUUUCUUUUCCAUAUCGGAAAAGGGCUGAGAUCUGGGUAACAUGGCCUUAAAUAUCUAAUUUAUUGCAUUUUAAGUUGGUGAAAUAAUAUUUUCCAAGUUAGGUUUGCCUGUUUGUUUCUUGUACUUGAUUAUAUGGUGUUAAUUUACAUUUCAUUUACCCUGUUUUUGUAUGAGAUCUAUUGUGAUGAUAUUUUGGGAGAAUAUUACUUAUGUUUAAGGUGAAGUAAAACUGUGGAAAAACAGCAGUAAGGAGGGAAAGUAUGACACAAGUUUAAUGAGUAAAACUAAAUUGUGUAAUGUCACUAAGUUAAAUGUGUGCUCUGCGAUGGGUUAGUGCCCCAUCCUGGGUUAUUCCCUGCUUUGUUCCCAUAGUUUCCAGGACUCCGCAGGGUGUGUAGCAGCCUUUCCCAGUCUGGUCCUUGGGUACUGACAGACAGUCCAAGUUUCUGCUUCCUUUUGCACCCUCCAGGGAGCAAAAAUGUGGACUGUCUGGCAGGGAGCUGGGAGGGAGCAAAAACAUGGACCGUCUUGGGGUCCCCGAGGACUGGGUUGGGAAACACUGCUGUAUAGGACAAGCUGUGUAGAAAAAUGAAUCUGUUUUUUCCCAUCUCGCCGGAGAAUACUGCCACUUUGGCCGGACGAACUGUACAGUUCCUUUUAAAUAUACUUCACUUAUUGUGUAUAAGUUACGUUUAAGGUCGGUGUGUAUUUUUCUAUUUGUCCCUCAUGUUAAACCCCUCUUUUAGCAUUCUGUGUCUUUGACGGGUGUCUUCUGGAAGAUUCCGUGGGAGUGUCGCUUGUGUUCCUCAUUCUUUGCCAGCUGCCUUAACACACAAUGCAUGUAUCUUGUGCCGCGAAUUCUCCACGCCAUAGUAAGAUUUGUUCUGUACAGGUAGGAUGGAAAGAAAAAAGAUUUGUAUUUAAAGUACGUGUAGCUAGGGAUUAUCUUGGAUUCAGUGCUUUCUGACUUUAAAAUAUUUUUUAAACGCUGUAGUAUUGUAAAAUAAAUUUAAAUUCUUAAAGCCAUAUCAUAUAUCAAUAUAUAUGAAUUGAUUUUUUUUUCUUUCCACAGCAAUAAUUGUUUACAUAUACUGUAUUUAUGUGAAUUAUUUGACUUCUGAGUCAGGCAGUUUUUGUUAGAAUUAAAAAAAGAAACAUCAGUCCAAAGCAAAUAUACUCCUGGUACAUCUCAUGGUAUUUCCAUGACUUUCGGUGUUUCGGUGACACACAUUGAGGUGUCCAGGAAAUAAAGAGCAAUGCAUCUCCACGGCA